ACAAAUUGUAAUAUCUGUGUAAUGUUCUAGCAAAAUAAAUGAUUUUGAUUCUGAUUCUUUAUGUAUUUAUAGGAGGAUGCAUUAAUUACAUUUUGUAGAUGUCACGUGUAUAAGACGGAUCCCCUAUGGGUUAAUUCUUGAUAAUGGGUUACCGAGCGGAUCCCAGACUUUCUUAUAACCAGCGUUUAAGCAUACCAUUGUAACUUUAUUACAUGCAAAUGUAAUUAAAUGCACAGGUAAAAUAGGUUCGUAAACCUUUAUUAGGGUUCCGUAGCCAAAUGGCAAAAAACCGGCCAAGAGCAUGUCGGGCCACGCUCAGUGUAGGGUUCCGUAGUUACUCUUCCGUCACAAUAAGCUAAACUGGAGCUAAAAGUAUAGUAAAUUGUUAACCAAGGGAUGAAACGGUACCUUUCACCCGAGUUAAACAAAUAGGCAAAUUUGCAUAAUCAGUACCUAAUUAAAGUAAGUCUAGCAGUACUAUGAAGGGAAAUCUUUUUGCGAUAACUCAAAAACAGCUAAACUGAUCAUUUCCGCUAUAGUUUUCAUUUAAUGUCUUUCUUAAGCUCUACUUCCACGAUUUUUUUCAUAUUUUUUGGACCUAUGGUUCAAAAGUUAGAGGGGGGGACAAUUUUUUUUUUCUUUCGGAGCGAUUAUCUCCGAAUAUAUUCACUUUAUCAAAAAAUGUUUCUUGAAAACCCCUAUAAGUUUUGAAAGACCUUUCCAACGAUACCCCACACUCUAGGGUUGAAGCAAAAAAAAAAAUUUCACCCCCACUUUACGUGUAAGGGAGGUACCCUAAAAAAAAUUAAAUUUUUUGAUUUUAUUGUACGACUUUGUCGGCUUUAUUGAUUUAUAUAUCCAUGCCAAAUUUCAGCUUUCUAGCACUAAUGACCACGGAGCAAAGCCUCGGACAGACAGACAGACAGACACACAGACAGACAGACAGACAGACAGACGGACAUGGCGACCCGGGUAUGUCCUUAAACUACGUCCAAAAGAGAGGUAUGGGCAAUGUGAAUGUCAUCUCGCCUUGUGUGGUAGGGCACAGCACAGCAGAUGUCAUUCCAGAUCUAGAGCAGAGCCCAACUGGGGAAGGACCUCCACCUUACAGAAAACCGCAGCCAAAUAACACUUGACCCUACUCAUAGUGUUGUGUUCCUGCCGGUGAGUAAGGUUGCCAGAGCUCAACGAGGGGGGUGGGGUUAGGGUCGGCAACGCGCAUGUAACUCCUCUGGAGUUGCAGGUGUACAUAGGCUACGGAGACUGCUUAACAUCAGGCAGGCCGUAUGCUUGUUUGCCACCGACGUAGUAUAAAAAAAAAAAAAAAAACUAUAAGGGUUCCUAGUUGACUACGGAACCCUAAAAACGGAACCCUUAUAGAUUCGUCAUGUCCGUCUGUCUGUCCGAUUAUGUCACAGCCACUUUUUUCCGAAACUGUUGUAUAUGCAUGCAUAGGUAGAUGUACGUACGCACGGUGGCUGCGCCCACCGCGAUAUAAACCAGUUACCGUGUUAAAUAAAACAGUUCGCUAAUGGCUACGUUGUGUGUCACUUGUGUGCCUUCCCGACCCAUAUCUAUCAGUGGCGACGAUUCGAUAAUUACCUCGCGUGUUAAUCGCCGUGUAUCAUGGCAACUUCAAACUCGGUCGGCUUAUUUUCAAGUUUUAACCAUGAACAACAAGAGUGGCUUACGUACAAAAAUAGGCUUGAACAGUGGUUCAUCGCAAACAACAUCGACGAUGCAAGCGAUAAAUCGGGUGUGAGAAGGCGCGCCAUCUUGUUAAGUGCACUUACCGAAAGCACCUAUCAAUUAGCAAGUAACCUUGCUCUGCCCGGUGUUCUUGAAAACAAAAGUUACUGUGAAGUGGUACAGUUAUUGGAUGCGCAUUUUACUCCAAAGCGCUGUGUUUUUGCGGAGCGUUAUCACUUUCAUUCUGCAGUGCAGAAGGUAGGCGAAACUUCAGCGCAGUGGGCCGCGCGGCUGCGCGGGCUCGCGGCGCAUUGCCAGUUCAAGAACAUUGAGGAGGCGCUUCUGGACAGAUUUAUCAUGGGCAUGCAGUCUGGUAAAGAGCGCGAAAAAUUGUUUUCGAAGGAGCUUGGCGAACUCACCCUAGCGAAAGCAAUAGACAUAGCUGAAAGUGUGCGGUGCGCCCGCGCCGCAGCCAGCGCGACCUUGGCUCCGACCGCGACGGCGGUGGUGCCCGGCGCUGAGAGCGUGUUGAAGAUCGGCGAGACUACAGCGGGCCGCGGGAAUAAAUGUUCUGUAUGCGGUCUAAGUAGCCAUAAAACGGAGAACUGUCGUUAUGUAAAUUACAAGUGCAAAAAGUGUAAAAAGAAGGGUCACUUACGUAAGAUGUGUAACCUCAAAUACGUUGAGUCAGAGGAGGUGAGCGAGGAUGAUGAUGUGCUCGCAGAUUAAACAUUACGGUGGUGUAAACAGAUGUCCAUUCAUUACGGACGAGUUAGUUUUAUAUAAACACUUUACAAAUAAAAAUCAUUUUACUUGGACCCUGGGAACUAUAGUAAAAAACUUAGGUCGUGUGCUUUAUCUUAUAAGAGACAAAAAAACAAACAAAAUAGUGAAAGACAUAUUAAUCAAAUUGUUAAAAAUAAGGGCCAAGUCACACCGACAGCCGAGAGUCUCUCCGAGCCAAACAAAACACCGGAAGUCUCCAGCGAAUCAUCAUCUCCUGACGCACCUCCUGUUUUUGAUAUCGGGCCUCAGCCUGCCGCACCAUUUACCGUGGUGCCUAACAUAGCUGGUGGACCGGAGGCAAUGACGAGGCAAUCUUCGUCACAUGAGCCAGCAGGCCUGAAUAACGAAGAUGAACUGAUGAUGGGGGAGGAGGAAGAUGCGAGGCCUCUCGAGACAGCGUCUGUGGCCAUGGCAAGCCCAGCUACGGUGCCUGCGCCGGCAACCGCCGCCGGCCGCGCGCCGCCGUCGCCGCCCGGCGCCGCAGCGGACGACGCCCCUCCUGAAUCCGCGGAUCCGCCGGCCGCGUCCACACGGCUCAAGCGGGCUCGUCCGCGUUUUGAUUAUAAAUAGUUCUUCUAAGCUGGUCGGACUGUGCUAGUUUUAGGUUAGUGUAAGAAACUAUGGGGAAGGGAUUGUUGUAUAUGCAUGCAUAGGUAGAUGUACGUACGCACGGUGGCUGCGCCCACCGCGAUAUAAACCAGUUACCGUGUUAAAUAAAACAGUUCGCUAAUGGC